AUGUCCAACACCCUCAGACCCUACCUCAGCUGUGUCAGGUCCACCCUGACGGCCGCCAUGACGCUCGAAAACUUCAGCUCCCAGGUCGUUGAGCGUCACAACAAGCCCGAGGUCGAGGCGAGAACGUCGAAAGAGGUGCUGCUCAACCCGCUCACCAUCAGCCGAAAUGAAAACGAAAAGGUGCUCAUCGAGCCAUCCGUCAACAGCAUCCGCGUCAGCAUCCACAUCAAGCAGGCCGACGAAAUCGAGCGGCUGCUGUGCCACAAGUUCACCCGCUUCCUCAUGCAGCGCGCAGAGAGCUUCGUCAUCCUCCGGAGGAAACCGGUGCCCGGCUACGACAUUUCGUUCCUCAUCACCAACUUCCACUCCGAGACGAUGCUCAAGCACAAGCUGGUCGACUUUAUCAUCCAGUUCAUGGAAGAGGUGGACAAGGAGAUCAGCGAGAUGAAGCUCAGCCUCAACGCGCGGGCGCGCAUCGUCGCCGAGUCCUACCUGAGCACGUUCACCUGA